UAAGAGAGGUUAGGAAAAAUUUUUAAUUCCUGAUCAGCAUUAGUGAGAUCGGAUCUCUCGCUGUGGGACGUGCAAAAUGGCGAAAAAGACCGUUGCUGACAAGGACAAGACUAAUCAGAACGAUGACCCAGCUGAGAAUAACGAAGACAGGAUGACCGAAGACGAGGAGCCGAAUUUUAGUGACCCCGAGGAUUUCGUUGAUGAUAUUGCAGAUGAAGAUCUACUGCCGGAUGUGCUAGCGCAAAAACCAUCGGAGACUGACGGCGUUGAGUCGGUGAUUGUCGUCGACGGCACGCCCCAAGUUGAGCCUGAGCGUCUGGAAAAAUUCAACAAUCUUACUAACAAAGUUUUUGGAAAGUUUGGGACUAUUGUUAACCGAUUUUAUCCCAAGAAUGAUAAAGAAAUUACUAAAGGGUACAUUUUCUUGGAGUACAACAGCCCGUUGCAUACAGAAGCAGCUGUGAAAGCAACCAACAACUACAAAAUAGACAAGCAGCAUACCUUCAAAGUAAACUUAUUCACCGACUUCAAAAAAUACGAGCAAAUUCCGGAAGAAUGGGAGCCUCCAACCCCGCAACCUUACAGCGCGGCUCACGAUUUGCACUACUAUCUCCUAGAGCCUGACGCGUAUGACCAGUUUGCAGUUCUCUGCGGCAACGGAGCUGGAGUGUCAGUUUCAAUUUGGCUGAACUCAGCUCCGGAGCCAACCCUGAUAGAGGAGCGUGCUCGCUGGACUGAGACUUACUUCAAAUGGUCUCCAUUGGGAACUUACCUGUCAACCUUCCACAAGCCGGGAGUCGCUCUUUGGGGAGGUCCCAAGUUCGAGCAACAGGGUAGAUUCAGCCAAAGCGGAGUCGAGUGUAUCGACUACUCUCCUUGCGAGCGAUACCUGGUGUCUUACACGCCACGAAUGGACGGUGGUCCUGACCAGAAGCGUCUCGUCAUUUGGGACAUACUUACUGGUCACGAAAAGCGUUCGUUUUUCCCCGACGGGUCCUCUGUGUGGCCGAUUUUCCGCUGGUCUCACGACGACAAGUACCUAGCUUGCAUGGGCGAAGACAUCCUGAGUGUCUACGAGACACCUUCUUUUGGACUUCUGGAUAAGAAGAGUAUCAAAACUCCAGGAAUCCGGGACUUUAGCUGGUCUCCGACUGACAACGUUCUUGCUUAUUGGGUUCCGGAGGACAAAGAUGUCCCUGCUAGGGUGACUCUCUUGGAGAUACCCAGCCGCAAUGAGAUAAGAAAUAAAAAUCUGUUCAACGUUGCGGAUUGCAAAAUCUUCUGGCAAAAAUCUGGAGAUUAUUUGUGUGUCAAAGUCGACCGGUUUGCUAAAAAGAAGGAAAAAACUGAGCAAAAGUACACCGGAAUGUCGUACAACUUUGAGAUCUUCCACAUGCGAGAGAAGCAAAUUCCUGUUGACAGUGUCGAGAUGAAAGAGCCGAUCCACGCUUUUGCUUGGGAACCAGUUGGUAGCAAAUUUGCGAUUAUUCAUGGAGAAAUUCCUAGCGUCAAUGUUAGUUUCUACGAAGUCAGCUACGGACACCAGCCGGCUUUGCUGAAGAAAUUGGAGAAGAAAGCAUGCAACCACUUGUUCUGGUCACCCGCUGGGCAGUUCAUUGUCUUGGCCGGGUUAACUACUAUGGCUGGCGCUUUGGAGUUUAUUGACACCAAUGAUUUCACAAUCAUGAACUCGACUGACCACUAUCAAACUUCGGACGUCGAGUGGGACCCUACUGGCCGGUAUGUUGUCACUGCUGUGUCUAAUUGGAAGACCAAUGUUGAUAAUGGGUACUGGAUCUGGACCUUCCAGGGGCGUAUUUUGAAGCGCGUUAAUUUGAAUGCCUUUAAUCAGCUGCUCUGGCGGCCUCGUCCGCCGACUCUGUUGACUCCUGAGCAGAUCAAGGAGAUCAAGAAGAAUUUGAAAAAAUACUCGGCUCAGUUCGAGAGCAAGGAUAGAAUGCGUCUGACCAAAGCUUCCAAGGAGCAGAUUGAGAAACGCUGUGCUUUGAUGAAGGCCUUUAAUGAGUACCGCGAGAAGAGGGUUGAUGAGUGGAAUAGUCAAAAGAAACGCCGCAUGGAGUUGAGAUAUAAUAUUGAUACUGAUAAUCUGGAUUCAGAUACUAAAAAUGUUGAGGAGGAAGUUGUUGAAUUUUUUGUCAAGGAGGAAAUUAUUCCUGUUGACGACAAGUAAAUAAUCAUUGGGAUUUUUUGUCUGUACCCACUUGCGGUUUUUAUACACGUUCGGUGGGUAUUCUAUUGGGGAGAUUAAUGAUGUGCUGUAACAAAAUAAUGGUUUUUAUUUCGCGAGUUUUAAUGAUUUUGAUUUACCACUCUGAUGUGGUUCUAGGUGUACAUUAUGGUAAUUUCAAUUUUUACAAAUUUUAUCACUUUACUUACAGAAUAUCACACUUGAUAUUUUUCAUUUAUAUUUUAGUCCUAAAUUAUUUUAAUAAAUUAACACAUAAGCCAAAAGACCCAGUUAUUGAC